GAUGGGGAUCACCACGUGACUGCACGAGUGGUCGAUAUGGCAGCCCGUGAUCUUUUCGGAGCGAAACCAAGUGGGUUCUCGAGGCCGCCACAAAGCGAUUUGACACUGCUUCAUCCCACUCGCAAAUUCCCCGUCACGCCGUUUACCUGGUUGUGUCGCGCGCCGUUCACCAACAGUCUCUAUCGCCCUCAAUAGACCAGAGAUCGUCUCAGUCACGUUUGACUUCCUCGAGUGUGAAAUUUUAAUUCGCCAACCGCACGCCUCGGAAAGGCGCAACCCCGCCAAGAUGUCGUUGACCAACUGCCGUUUCUACGAGGAGAAGUAUCCAGAGGUGGAUAGCUAUGUGAUGGUGAAUGUGAAACAGAUCGCCGAGAUGGGCGCAUAUGUGAAGUUGCUGGAAUACGACAACAUCGACGGAAUGAUUCUCCUUUCCGAACUGUCACGAAGACGUAUUCGAAGUAUCCAGAAGCUCAUCCGUAUUGGCCGCAAUGAGGUCGUCGUGGUUCUGCGUGUCGACAAGGAGAAGGGUUAUAUCGAUCUGUCCAAGCGACGAGUGUCCGCUGAGGAUGUUGUCAAGUGUGAGGAGCGGUAUAACAAGAGCAAGGCUGUCCACUCGAUCAUGCGCCAUGUCGCGGAGAAGACGAAGACCCCUCUCGAGACCCUGUACCAGACGAUCGGUUGGCCAUUGAACCGGAAAUAUGGCCACGCCCACGAUGCUUUCAAGCUCGCUAUCACCAACCCUGAUGUCUGGAACGACGUCGAAGAAUUCCCUAGUCAGGUCGUCAAGGACGAGCUGUUGCAGUACAUCAGCAAGAAGCUCACCCCCCACCCCACCAAGGUUCGUGCAGACGUUGAGGUUACCUGCUUCGGUUAUGAGGGUAUCGAUGCUGUCAAGGAGGCUCUCCGCACGGCCGAGGCCAACAACACCCCUGAGAACCAGGUCAAGGUUAAGCUGGUCUCUCCUCCGCUAUACGUCUUGACCAGCCAGUGUCUGGACAAGAACCUGGGUAUCCAGCUCCUCGAAGAGGCGAUCAAGAACAUGGAGACGAAGAUCAAGGCAUCCGGCGGAGCCUGCAUUGUCAAGAUGGCGCCCAAGGCUGUUACUGAGCACGAUGAUGCUGAGCUGCAGGCUCUUAUGGACAAGCGCGAGCGGGAAAACAUGGAAGUCAGCGGAGACGAGAGCAUGUCGGAGAGCGACGAGGGUGUUCCCGAGUAAAUUGGCUUCCGAUCUCUUUCGACGAUUUCUCUGUUGUGAUUUAUGCGGUUUCUGAAUGCGGAUACAUGAGAAAUUUCGCGGGCUGUCGGGUUCCCUACAUGACGGAGGAGUGGCGGCAAAAAGUGAAACGAUUUCAUGCAUAGCAUUGUUACUUUGAUGGGAAAAAACAGGGUUGGUGACGUGGGUGCGUUCUCGAUCCGGGUUGCAUCAAGGGAAAAUGGGAUUCUAGACGGGACAAGUUGUC